AUGUUCAAAUAUGUGGCUCGAGUAGAUGCGGUUGAUCAUUUCCCAUGGGCGACAAUCAUCUAUAAGGAAUUGUGGGACUCCUUCAAGGCUGUGAAGAAAGCGACGAAGGGGCUGACAUAUCUUAGCGGCUGCGCUCCCUUGCUAUCGCUAUGGUAUUAUGAGAUAUCAAACAUUAAGGAGCCGACGAAAGUAGAUGAAUCGAAGCCACCAAUGACCAAUUGGACAUUGGAGGGUAAGAAGGUGGGUUCACUGCGGACUACAACAACAACGAAGAAAUCGGAAGCCGCAAUCCACAUCUUACCGGAGCAUGACCUGCCGCGGUAUGUACAUGAGGAGAUCAAGCAGAAGUCUACAAAGAGGAAGGCUGAAAUGGAGGAGGAAGCUACGGGUGAAAAAGCUUCGAGGAAGAAAAGAGUGGAAAAAGGGGAUGACGCUUAUAAAAAGUUGUUGAUGCUGAAUGAAGCCUAUGAGCAAGAACUUGUUGCUCGUGGCGUUGAUACGAUGGCCAUUAAGGCCGAAAUUGAGAAAAGAUUUGAGGAAGAGAAACAAAUCAUGCCCAAAAAAGAAGAGUCUCAAAUAGAGAGACAAGAUGAGGCGAAGAAAGAAGAAGGGAAGGAAGAGAAAGCAGAGGGAGAAGGUGAUCAAGGCCAAGAAGUGGGCAUUGAACUUGAGCAGUCUGAAGCGCGGAAAGUUGUUGAGGAAGUUCCUAAGAAGAAGAGGGGAAGGAAGAGGAGGGAGGAAGGUGAGUCUACUUUGGGAGAAUUUGUUCAGGGGCUCCGUGCAAGGAGCCGAAGAACAACGAAGAAGCCCAAGUCCCUAGAAUCUCCAUAUUGUACAGAAAUGCCUAAGAAAAAGAUGAAAGGGAAAAAAAGUGUCGUUUUGGUGAAAGAUGAUGAUGACAAGGGGGAGACAAUAGAGGAGAAGAAGCCACGUGAAAUGGCAUACCCACCUAUGAGAACAUCCGCUACCGGGAACAGUUGA